AAUCAAAUUUCAAGGAGAAAUGUCGAAUGUAACUGUCUGCGUGCGCUUCAGGCCUUUGAGCUCAAAGGAGAAAAGAGAUCACGGCGAUGACAUCUGCAUUGAAAGCUUGGACUCCGAAACCUUCACCAUCAAGGAUGAGAAGGAAGAAGGCUUUACGUUUAGCUUUGAUAAGGUGUUCUAUGAGAAAUCCAAGCAAGCUGAUGUUUAUGAGUUUCUUGUUCUACCUAUCGUUCGAGAUGCUGUCGAUGCUACAAAUGGAACAAUCAUUGUGUAUGGACAGACUGGGGCAGGGAAGACAUACAGUAUGGAGGGACCAAACAUCUUGGAAUCUGAUGAACAGAAGAAAGGGAUACUUCCAAGAGUAGUAGAUGGAUUGUUUGCAUGUAUUAGAUCUUCUGAUGAGUCGGUCAAGUACACAAUCAAGUUGUCAGUGGUAGAGAUCUAUAUGGAGAAAGUCAGGGACCUUUUUGAUUUGUCAAAGGACAAUAUUCAGAUUAAGGAGAGUAGAACACAGGGAAUAUUGUUAUCUGGAGCAACAGAGAUCUCUCUGUUGGACCCUGCCGAAGCAUUACAAAGCCUAUCUAGUGGGAUAGCUAACAGAGCAAUUGGAGAGACCCAAAUGAACAUGGCAAGCAGCAGGAGUCAUUGUGUUUACAUGUUUACGCUCAACCAAGAAUCAACUACUGAGAACAGGGUGAAAUCUGGAAAAUUAAUUCUUGUGGACCUGGCGGGGUCAGAGAAAGUAGAAAAAACUGGGGCUGAAGGAAGAGUUCUUGAAGAAGCCAAAACCAUCAAUAAGUCCCUCUCAGCAUUAGGUAACGUGAUAAAUGCACUGACAUGUGGUUCACCAGCCAAAGCAAACCAUAUCCCUUAUCGUGAUUCCAAGCUCACUCGAAUCUUGCAAGAUGCUCUUGGGGGAAGCUCCCGCACUGCAUUACUUUGUUGUUGCUCACCAAGUUCUUUAAAUGCAUCAGAAAGCCUGUCUACUCUUCGUUUUGGUGCAAGGGCAAAGCAUAUAAAGGCCUCAGCACUUGUUAAGGGCAAUGAAGAGAAAUAUCUUAAGAAGAAUGGAGCUUGUUCUGCAACUAGAGAUGAGUCGUUUGAUAUAAUUCUAAAAAAGAUGAGUGAGAGACUCGAUGCUGAAGAUGUGGAGUUGCUUGAGGAAUUAUUCAUUCAGGCAGGACUAUUUGUCGAUUUUGGUUCAACAGAAGACUUGGAAUCAGCCUAUCAAGAUGUUGCUCAACAAACCAUUUCUUCGUUAAUUCAAGCUGUGGAAGACCUCAAAUUUACUGUUGAGAUGCUUCAGGGAGAGAACAAGGCUCUCAAGGAAAGAUUUGCAGCUGCUGAACAGUUUGAUGCUUUGCGUGGAGAAAAUGCAGGUUUUCUUCAUAAGAUUCUAGGCUUUCUCGGCUCCUUUUUUUCCAAGGAGUUGUAUGAUUUAGCUAUUAGCAUCUAGGACUUACUUAAGAACCGAUACGUGAACCCUUUUCCUUGGUCGCUGAUUUCUUGGGUUGUAAGUUUUUGGUAUAACAGCAUCAGGAUUUAAUGCCAUACUUCAUAUCCUAUGCUAAAACUUCUCGUAGGAUCCUAAUGCGCUUGUGGAUUGCAUUAUAAGACAAUUUCACUGCCUAUAUUAAGUACAAUUAUUGCAUGUGUACGACGACUGAUGGGCAUUGCAUACUAAAAUCUUACUGUUGCUCCAUUAGUUGUUGAAAUUGAAUUGUCAUGCUAAUAUGCUAUUGAAUUGGUGCGUCUCUAUACAGAAUAAUUCAUUUCUGCAUGGUUCUCUAUGGCUGCGUUGGAACUCCUGGCAGGGGCUAAGAUAAGUGAAAUCCUCCUCUUGGAAUUCCUGUGAUAAGAUAAGAUCACGACCCGCGAAAUCAUAGCUGCUGUGAAACUCCCAACAUUUUGUUUUGAGUCAGCCAACGGGGCCCAGCUUUGAAAGGUGUGAAGAAGGCCCACGGUGGGGGUUAAAGUUGUCAAAAGGUUUUUCAAUAUCUGUCGAAUUGUGCAAUGGGUGAUGUUGUUUGGGUUGGUAAGUCUCGGGCUAGAUGGUCGUGUACAUCUUCGAGAGGGAAAAAGAACUCGGCAAACCCGUGGAACAAAUCUGGGGUCCCACCUUUUUUGUAAGAGGGUAUGAGAGGAGGAUGACCCCUCGAUUGCCCCAAAAGCAAAACAAAGUUGUUUUGCUGAUCAAGAAUAUUGGAGCUAGAGAUACAAGAAAAGUAAUGGAGUACAAACGUGGAUAAAACAGGGAGUCCAAGUAAAAAUGCUUUAUGCCACCCGUGGAAGGGAAAUUCAUCACUUUUGCUUGCAGAAUGGUGCUCAUUCCCUGCCACAUGCUUUCCCCAAAACAACCUCAGGAUUCUCAUGCUUUGCACUGAAAUUAAAAUUAUAGUCUUAAAGCACAAUUAGCCCAAUACUUUGUAUGUUUCCAAGUGCUCACGGGGGUCUGUUUUAGGACAAU